GAGUGAGUGUCUGUGUAGGUAAAGACACCCAUUUUUUAAAAAAAAUGUUGGACCCAUCGUCUAGUGAGGAGGAAUCGGAAGAGAUAGUGGAAGAGGAGAGCAAAGAGGUGCAAACCCCGGCCCCGGGAGCACGGCUGUCCCCCAGUAGGACCAGCGAGAGCAGCGGAGGGCUGCAGCCCAGCAGCCGGAGCAGCAGCAUCCGACCCUCCAGCCCGAGCCCCUCGGUGGUCAGCGAGAAGGAGAAGGAGGAGAUCGAGCGGCUGCAGAAGGAAGAGGACGAGAGGAAGAGAAAGCUGCAGCUCUAUGUCUUUGUGAUGAGAUGCAUCGCCUAUCCGUUCAACGCCAAACAGCCCACAGACAUGGCGAGGCGACAGCAGAAGAUAAACAAACAGCAACUCCAGACAGUCAAAGAUCGUUUCCAGGCUUUCUUGAAUGGAGAGACGCAGAUUGUGGCAGAUGAAGCAUUUAUCAAUGCGGUCCAGAGUUACUAUGAGGUGUUUCUGAAGAGCGAUCGCGUGUCCAGAAUGGUGCAAAGUGGUGGAUGUUCUUCCAACGACUCUCGAGAGGUAUUCAAGAAACACAUCGAAAAGCGGGUUCGCAGUCUGCCAGAAAUCGAUGGCCUGAGCAAGGAGACUGUGCUCAGCUCCUGGAUGGCGAAGUUUGAUGCUAUUAACCGUGGUGAGGAGGAUCCUCGCAAACAGCAGGCCCGCAUGACGGCCAGUGCAGCCUCGGAGCUGAUUCUCAGCAAAGAACAGCUGUAUGAAAUGUUCCAGCAAAUCCUGCAGAUCAAAAAGUUUGAACAUCAAUUAUUGUACAAUGCAUGCCAGCUUGAUAACCCAGAUGAGCAGGCAGCUCAGAUCAGGCGGGAGCUGGAUGGGCGACUCCAAAUGGCAGAUCAAAUAGCGCGGGAGCGCAAGUUUCUGAAGUUCGUAUCAAAAGAGAUGGAGAACAUGUUUAUCGAAGAGCUGAAAUCAUCCGUGAACCUACUGAUGGCAAACCUAGAGAGUAUGCCUGUGUCCAAAGGUGGCUCUGAAUUCAAACUCCAGAAGCUUAAGCGCGGUCAUAAUACCUCAAUAAUUGACAUGGGAGAAGAGAAUGAAAACCAACUCUCUAAAUCUGAUGUUGUCCUCUCUUUCACACUUGAGAUAGUGAUUAUGGAAGUGCAGGGUUUAAAGUCCUUAGCACCAAAUCGCAUUGUGUACUGUACAAUGGAAGUGGAAGGAGGAGAGAAACUGCAAACUGACCAGGCUGAAGCUUCCAAACCAACCUGGGGAACCCAAGGUGACUUUACCACCACACACCCACUUCCUGCUGUAAAGGUGAAGCUCUUCACAGAGAGCACUGGUGUGUUGGCUCUGGAGGACAAGGAGCUUGGUCGGGUUGUCUUGCAUCCUACACCCAACAGUCCAAAAUCAGCUGAUUGGCACAAAAUGGUUGUUUCGAAAAACAGCACCGACCAAGAUCUAAAAAUUAAAUUGGCAGUACGGAUGGAUAAACCGCAGAAUAUGAAGCACUGUGGAUACUUAUGGACCAUCGGUAAGAAUGUGUGGAAGAGAUGGAAGAAAAGAUUCUUUGUUCUUGUGCAGGUCAGCCAGUACACGUUUGCAAUGUGCAGUUACCGGGAGAAGAAAGCUGAGCCUCAGGAACUGUUGCAGUUGGAUGGUUACACAGUGGAUUACACUGACCCGCAGCCAGGUUUGGAAGGUGGCAGAACAUUCUUUAAUGCAGUUAAAGAAGGCGACACAGUGAUCUUUGCCAGUGAUGAUGAACAGGAUCGUAUCCUCUGGGUUCAGGCUAUGUAUCGUGCAACUGGUCAAUCCCAUAAGCCUGUGCCUCCUACCCAAGUCCAAAAACUCAAUGCCAAGGGAGGAAACAUACCACAGUUGGAUGCUCCCAUCUCCCAGUUUUCUGGACUAAAGGAUGCAGACAGAGCGCAGAAGCACGGGAUGGAUGAAUUUAUCUCUGCCAAUCCUUGUGUUUUUGACCACGCUUCGCUCUUUGAGAUGCUGCAGAGGCUGACUCUGGAUCACAGACUUAAUGAUUCCUACUCCUGCCUGGGCUGGUUUAGUCCAGGCCAGGUGUUUGUACUGGAUGAAUACUGUGCACGCUACGGAACCAGAGGCUGUCACAGACAUCUUUGCUACCUCAACGAUUUGCUUGAAAGAGCAGAAAAUGGAGCAAUGAUUGACCCAACCCUGCUUCACUACAGCUUUGCCUUCUGUGCUUCUCAUGUACAUGGCAACAGGCCUGAUGGAAUAGGAACUGUGACAGUGGAAGAAAAGGAACGUUUUGAGGAAAUCAAGGAGAGACUACGCUUACUCCUUGAGAAUCAGAUCACUCAUUUUAGAUAUUGCUUUCCUUUUGGACGUCCUGAGGGUGCACUAAAGGCAACCUUGUCCCUCUUGGAAAGGGUGUUGAUGAAGGACAUAGUAACUCCGGUUCCUCAAGAAGAGGUCAAAAUUGUCAUUCGCAAAUGUCUGGAGAAAGCUGCUCUUGUGAAUUAUACUCGUCUUUCUGAAUAUGCCAAAAUUGAAGGGAAAAAGAGAGAAAUGUAUGAGCAUCCUGUCUUCUGCUUGGCCUCUCAAGUGAUGGAUUUAACCAUUCAGAAUCAAAAGGAUCCAGAAAAUGUAGGACGGUUAGUCUCCCCUGGCAAAAAACUGGAAGAUACAAUUCGUCUUGCUGAAUUGGUUAUUGAGGUACUACAGCAAAAUGAAGAGCACCACGCAGAGGGAAAAGAGGCCUUUGCUUGGUGGUCAGAUUUGAUGGUUGAACACGCAGAGACCUUUCUGUCGCUAUUUGCAGUCGAUAUGGACACAGCUUUGGAAACUCAGCCCCCGGACACUUGGGACAGCUUCCCCCUAUUUCAGCUGCUGAAUGAUUUCCUGAGGAGCGACUAUAAUCUUAUGAAUGGAAAAUUCCACAAACACCUUCAAGAUGUCUUCGCUCCUCUUGUGGUUAGAUAUGUCGACUUGAUGGAGUCAUCAAUUGCACAAUCAAUUCACAGGGGCUUUGAGCGUGAAUCGUGGGAGCCUGUAAAGAGUUUAACAAGUAAUCUGCCCAAUGUGAAUCUACCAAAUGUGAAUCUCCCCAAAGUUCCAAAUCUUCCAGUUAACCUCCCACAAAUGCCUAGCUUUUCUGCUUCAUCAUGGAUCGCUGCUAUAUAUGACUCUGACAAUGGUUCAGCAACCUCCGAAGAUCUGUUUUGGAAACUAGAUGCCCUGCAGACAUUCAUUAGAGAUCUGCAUUGGCCAGAGGAGGAGUUUGCAAAACACCUGGAGCAAAGACUCAAGCUCAUGUCCAGUGACAUGAUUGAAUCAUGUGUUAAAAGAACAAGGGUUGCAUUUGAAGCCAAGCUGCAGAAGACAAGCAGGUCAACAGAUUUUCGUGUCCCACAGUCAAUAUGCACCAUGUUUAAUGUGAUGGUUGAUGCCAAGUCUCAGUCCACGAAGCUUUGCAGCAUGGAAAUGGGCCAGGAACGGCAAUACCAUUCGAAAAUCGAUGAGUUGAUCGAAGAUACAGUGAAAGAAAUGAUAACUCUCAUGGUUGCAAAGUUUGUCACUAUUUUGGAAGGGGUACUGUCCAAACUGUCAAGAUACGAUGAAGGGACACUCUUCUCUUCCUUUCUGUCCUUCACAGUGAAAGCAGCUUCAAAGUACGUGGAUGUACCUAAACCUGGGAUGGAUGUGGCAGAUGCCUACGUAACCUUUGUGCGACAGAGUCAGGAUAUCCUGCGUGACAAGGUCAAUGAGGAGAUGUAUAUAGAAAGGUUAUUUGAUCAAUGGUACACAAGCUCCUUGAAUGUUAUCUGCACCUGGCUGACUGAUCGGAUGGACCUGCAGCUUCACAUUUACCAGCUGAAAAUCCUCAUCAGGCUUGUUAAGAAAACGUACAGAGACUUCCGGCUUCAGGGUGUACUGGACUCGACAUUGAACAGCAAGACCUAUGACACUGUUCGGAACAGGCUGACCUUGGAGGAAGCCACAGCAUCAGUGUCUGAAGGUGGUGGCCUCCAAGGGAUCACAAUGAAAGACAGCGAUGAAGAAGAUGAAGACGACGAUUAGACAACAGUUACAUUUAGAGGCUGAAAUUUGGCAUAGCCUGGUAACAAAAUGCAUGUACCAACUCUGUUAUUCAGUUAGCCACAAUAGGAUUUUAUUUGUCAGCUCUUAAUAGACAUGAGAGAACAGUUAACAGUAAGAUUGGAAUUUUAGCUGUGUGACAAUUUAGCACCCAAUUGAAGCAUUGAUUUCUAAAUUCAUUUCUGUAUGUUCAUAAGCAAUAUGGAGUAAUCAUUGUUUGAUAAUGUUAAGUGAGAUAUGUAGGAAUAUUACUAGGUGUGUUCCUGUGAAAUGCAGAACCUAUUUGGCGCUUCAUCAAUGUACUGUAUAUGUAUAUAUCAAUGGUAAAAUCUUGUGGAGAUGAGUGAAUUAGGUAAUUUUAUUUAUAUUUCUUGACUGGCUGCCAACUGCUUAAACAGAAAAUUGUCCCACGUAUUAGUGUAUUUCAUUACCAACUCUGAUAUAUUUCUGUUUGAUAUCAUUCCAUUUUAGUGUUCUUGUGUCUUAACCUGCUGAUGAAGUUAGAUUUCAUGUUACAUUCUUGAAUGCAUUUUUCUGUAAGUGAAAGAGGCAUGCAGGAGGGAAUUCAAUUGGGGAUUUUCAAUUCCAAGUAUGUUUGAACUGAGUUUCCCUUUCAGAGUGCUAAAGAUACUUGCUUCAUUUUAUUUUUUAUUUAAAAAAAUCUGUGAUGUUUCUCGAAUGAUUCCUAUUGAAUCUUGCCCCUAAAAUAUAUUCAAUCUCUGUCCACCCUUUGAGUUUGAACAAUAGUGAAUGUUACAUUUUUAAAUAUUUUCCCCCAUUGAAUGAUUUUCCUUGCAAAUGCAUCAGUUGAAUAGUCUUGAGAAUCUGAAUGAUUUAAUUCAAUUGUAUGUUUAAUUCUAUGUUCAGCCUGUUCAGUUCUGAUGCACAUUUUGUUUCACAGUUGGUUUCUUGUACAUAUGAUGCUGUAUAAUGCAUUUUGAGCACUAGCUGCAUGACAAAGGGAUCUCUCUUUUCUCCAAAAGCUGUUAGUUUCUGUGUGAAGUAGCUGGUGGUGGAACAGAUCAUCUUGCUUUGGCCUUAUAAUAGACCACAGCUGUAACAUGGAACAAAUGUGGAUGGUAAAUUAACUGUACAAACAUCAGUCACUCUGCUUUUUAGAUCAUACUAUAAAAUAUACUAUUCUGUGUCAUCA